CGAUGACACGGUCGCACGUUUGUGACGUUUGCACAAGUAUCUCUCACUUUUACGUAGAACAAAACUGUGAGUAAUCAUCGCGUGUGUUUAUUAUUUUAAGUAAUAACAUUGCUGUUCCUAAACAUCACAGAUCGGCUGUUCAAUCAUCAGACACAGUGUUUAAUCGGAUUUAUGUGCUGUGAUGGCGAUUCUGUUUGCGGUGGUGGCUCGUGGUUCCACGGUUCUGGCCAAACAUGCUCGUUUCUCUGGAAACUUUCUGGAGGUGACGGAACAGAUUCUGGCUAAAAUCCCAUCUGAAAACAACAAACUCACAUACUCUCACGGCAGCUAUCUCUUUCACUACAUUUGCCACGAGAGGAUCGUCUAUCUGUGCAUUACUGAUGAUGAGUUUGAGCGGUCCCGUGCCUUUGGCUUCUUAAAUGAAGUGAAGAAGAGAUUUCAGAGCACAUACGGGUCACGUGCACAGACAGCUCUUCCCUACGCCAUGAACAGUGAGUUCUCCAACACGCUGGCUGUACAAAUGAAACAUCAUUCAGACCCCAAAGGCUCAGACACUCUGACAGAAACACAGGUGCAAGUGGAUGACCUGAAAGGCAUUAUGGUCCGAAACAUUGAUCUCGUAGCACAGAGAGGAGAGAAGCUAGAGCUCCUUAUCGAUAAAACUGAUAACUUGGUAGAUUCUUCUGUCACCUUUAAAACAACAAGCCGUAACCUGGCACAUGCCAUGUGUAUGAAGAACCUUAAGUUAACAGUCAUUAUCAUAGUAAUUCUACUGGUGGUGUUGUACAUAAUAGUGACUGCUGCUUGUGGAGGACUCAGCUGGCCAAGCUGUCGGAAGAAGUAGAGCACGCAUGAAAUUUGAUAGUUCAUCGGUCUACAAGAAUUUUAGAGACCAUUUGUUUUCUCCUAAUCACUUUUUAUUUUUCUUCAACUCACAUUAUCCUCAUUUGACUUUCAACAAUGAUGCUGGCAAACAGAAAGACGCUGAACUCCUCAAACAAAUAGCGGAGAUCUGCAGUGCUCCGAUCAAUGCAUUAUAUAUUUUUUGUUCAGAUAUAUUAUGUUAAUGCUAUAGUUUUAGUUUUUUGGUUAUUUUCCUAAGUGUGUAAUGCAGAUAUACUUUGUGAGAUAAAAUGGGUAAUUUUAAAGUCACUCAAAAAUGCACAUUCUGUCAACAUUUGCAAUAAUAAGUUUAAAAACAACAGCAUAAAAAUAGUAAUACAUUGCCAUGUAAUUUCUUUGUCUGACGGACAGAUGGAUAUUUUCAUCCACUAUGCUUUUUUUUUGUCUUAAUUUGGCCACAACUUUCUCCGUUUCAUCAAAUGCAAUGUUUUUUGUGACAAAUCUUAUAUUGACAUAUUUAAGGAAAAUGCUUAGAAAUCGUUCAAAAACUCAACAAUACGUUGUGGGCAUAUGUACAACCCUUUCAUGUUCGUGGAUUAAAACUAAACAGCUGUAAAAUGUUAUCAGAUUAAUAUUUUUUUUAAUAUUUUUUUUUUUUGCAUAAAUCUGCUAACUUAUCAGCUGAUCAAAACUGCCAAAUGUUUACAAAAGUUUCAUUAUUUUAACUCUGUAAUUGCAAAGUAUAUAAGUGAUGUCACUGAUUUGGUGAAAAAACACAAAAUGGUUGACUUUCAAUAAAAACUUAUUGUGGACUGGAUUUUUUUUACCUUUUUCAAAGUGUUGGGCAUGUAAAAUAUUAGUAAAAACAUGGCUUUGAUGCAUUUUUAUUUUUUGUGCAGCAUCAGAUUAAAUUUUUUCUCCCUCAUUUAUUGUUCGUGGCUGUUUUUGCCCCAUUGACUUCCAUUGUAAGGACAUUUUUUUUAUUGCAAAGCCAUGACAUCAUAUUAUCAUGUAUUCUUGUUGUUGAUGUUUUUUUCCUUUCGCAAAGAGAUAAAAUUUGUCAUUUUUACUGUCGAUCACCAUGUGGCACCAUUAACCCUUUAGUAGUGUAUGUGUGCACGUGUUUGUUCAGUCUUUCCAGCAGGACUUGCAGAAUAUCUCUUUGUGCUCUCUGCAUGUGUGUCCACCACAACAGGUGCUGACUGUAGUUCUUUUUGUUCUGAGCACCACUUGCAUGUUCCCCUCUUCCCUGAGCUGUUGGUGUCUGUGGAUUUGUGUCUGGAGGGACCGCUGCAGGAGACUAAAUCUCUCUCACCAGUGCAGCAGCUCUCUCCUAAAUACUAAUCCUAACCCUACAGACACACACAAUAAUAUGCUGUUAUUCUUCAUAUAACUCAAUGUACAAACCAGAAAUUAAGCUGUUUUUGCACAGGCCUAUAGGGUUAAUGGUGCCAAAUAGUGAUCAACGGUAAAAAUUACAAAUUUUAUCUCAUAGCAAAAGGAAAAAACACCUAAAUCAAGAAUGCAUGAUUAUAUGAUGUCAUGGGUCUGCAAUUAAAAAAAUUAAUUUAAUGGAAGUCAGUGGGACAGAAACAGUAAAUGAGGGAGGAAAAAUGUAAUCUGAUGCUUCACAAAAACUAAAAAUGCAUCAGAGCCAAUGUUUUUACUUAUCUUUGGCAUGCCCAAGACUGUGAAAAAGGUGAAAAAAAAAUCCAGCCCACAAUCACUUUAUAUAUUGAAAAUUGGUCAUUUUGUGUUUUCCCCCAAAUCAGUGACAUCACUUAUUAACUUAGCAAUUAAAGAGAUAUGUAAACAUUUGGUAGUUUUUGCAAAAACAGAUAUUAAUCUGAUAAAUUUUGACAUCGUUUUAAUUUAGUGGAUUUUUCAUCCAUGUAAAUUUGUUGACAGUAAAUUUGGACAAUGCACAAGGGUUAAAGUCAUAUGGACUUUUAGACUGCAAAAAAAAAAUGACUUUCUUUCUCAGUAUCUUGGUCUUGUUUUUGGUAAAAAUAUCUUAAAAAUCUUAAAUUAAGAUGUAUUUUCUUGAUGAGCAAAAUUACCCAGGAAAAUAAGUCUUGUUUUAUAGACAAAAAAAUAUAAACUUUAAGUAAAUUAGUACUUAAAACAAGCACAAAAAUGCCAAUGGAAUAAGAAACAUUUUCUUGAAAUAAGUUUACUUUAUUCAUAAACAUAUGAAUAUCUUAUAAUUUUAUUCCAUUGGCAAUUUUUUUUUGCCAAGUAGAAAUUUGCUUAAAUUUUAUAUUUUUUUAAUAUAUUUUUCUAAGUCAUUUUGCUCAUCAAGAAAAUACAUGUUAAUUUAAUAAUUUUUAGAUAUAAUUUUUGUCUUGUUUUCAGUAAAAAAUAAGUAAGAAAGUCAUUUUUGGCAGUGUAUGAUUCUUUUAUUGUGAAUGUUAAAGUCAUCAUACGUAUGGAAUCCAUUAGGUUGAGUUAAUGAUGACAAUAUUAGCUUUUGGGGUAAAUUCUUCAUUAGGCCUCCUGUUAACCUGUAAGGAAAGGUUAGUAAUGGUUCGUUAGACUCAUUAUUCAACUGAACCUUCAUGUUGUGGAGUAAAUUAGUGUAACAGUAACAUAAAAAAGUGAAUGAAACUGGGUGUAUUUACUCUUCAAGUUUUGCUCCACCGAAAUCUUUGGUACCCUGCCUCUUUGGUCCCCCUGCUAAAAUGCAAGUUAUACUUGUUAUAAGGUCUAUGCCGUAGGUUUUCCGUAGCCUAAACAUAGCUCUGCGUAGUCAGAUGCACACAAAAUUUUAACAGCGCUGCCAUUCUACGCGGACUGUAAGCACUGUGAUUGAUCCACUAGAACCCCUCCCACCACUUCAUUUUUUAAGUUGUAGCAACUCAUCUCUUGUCAAGAUAAAUAAAAGUAAGUUGACAUGACUCGUAAAUCUCAGUUGAUUCAACAAAAAAAGGCAGCAGAGAAUUUUUUACAGUGCAUUGUUGUUCUCAAACGGAGUGUGGGCCAAGUUGAGGAGUGAUUUAACUGAAACAGCAACAAAAGUCGCUGUCUAUUUACUUCCAUGACUGCUGGUCUUCUCAAAACAUAGAAAACAAAAGUUGUCUAUUUACUUCCAUCACUGCUGGAAGUGGGUUUACUGGCCAAACUGCUGCUUCUUUGGCAGUUUAGCUGCUACUGUGGUUACACACAUGGAUACUGCCUACCAGCAGUCUGCAUGUAUGUUUGCACGUCGACGUGGACGACGACGCAGAAGCAUAUUGUGGAAAGCUUAAUAGGUCAAUUGACACCACUAACCAAACGUGUUUCAUCUUCACAACGGCAAUUUUUACGGCUUUUAAGACGAAAAUACGCCACAAAGUAUGGCGUUAUGGCAUAUGAUGCAAUUUACGGUGCAUCAAAAGAAGGCAUUAAAAGCAGCAAUUUAUAUCAUAUUAAUAUCAGCCCCUUCUUAUUCUACACAAUUCAGCUCUCCCAAUGAUGUAGGUGGAAAGGCCUGUGUAAUAGAAUGUUGAUCUAAAGUGCGAUCGCUCUCCA